ACACCUUGUUUUUAAGAUGGGCGCUAUAAAUACGGCGCCGGGGAUGGGAGCGCAGCCACGGGCGGCGGCGGGGAGCAGCGCCGGACCACGGUGGGACUCUGUUCGCGAGCAGCCGCCCAGCCCAGCCGGCGGCGGAGGGCGGCCGGUGCCGCUAGCGAGGAGGAGGGAGGAAGAGGAGGAGGACGCCGCCACCGCUGGAGGAGCCCCGCGGUCCGAGCCGCCCCCGCUGAGCUGCCCACGAUGCAGAUCUGCGACUCGUACAGCCAGAAGUACUCCCUCUUCAACGCCAUGAAUCGCUUCAUCGGCGCCGUCAACAACAUGGACCAGACGGUGAUGGUGCCCAGCCUGCUGCGCGACGUGCCGCUGCUGCUGGAGGAGCUGGAGGCGGCGGGGGGCGUCUGCCCGCAGCGGGAGGCCGCCCUGCCGCCCGGCGACCCCGGCGCCUACUUCUCCCGCAGGGACAUGUACAGCCACUACAUGCUGCUCAAAUCCAUCCGCAACGACAUCGAGUGGGGAGUGGUGCAGCCGCCGGCGGGCGAGGAGGCGGCCCGCAAGAAGGACAAGCUGGGGGGCGGCGGCGGCGGGCCCGCCGAGGAGGGCGAGGGGGAGGAGGACCUGGAGAAGCAGUUCCAUUACCACCUCAGCGGACUCCACUCGGUCCUCUCCAAGCUCACCCGCAAGGCCAACGUCCUCACCAACAGAUACAAGCAGGAGAUCGGCUUCAGCAGCUGGGGGCAGUGAGCGGGGCUGGGGCUCCCCUGCUGGCUCCCAGGACUGCAGCCGGCUUUCUACCAACGCACAAGCGAGAGAGAGAGAGAUGUAAAUUAAUCAAUACUAGUUUAUUAAUAAUUUCCCUCGUUCUUUUGUGUUGUUUUUUUUUUUUUUUUUUUUAAUUGUACGGUGUGGGGCGAGCCGUUGCUGCGCCUCCCCGGGCGGGGAGGAGGCCGAGGCCCUGCGUGUUCCUGGCGUGGUGGUGGUGGUGGUGGUGGAGGCGUAGGAGCUGGCAGAUAGGAGGCUCGACGCAAGCCGAUGAACAUGAAACUGGCGUAAAAUUGCUUCUGUUACCCGGGAGGGAACCCAGCGGGCUGACGAGCAUCCCUCCGUCGCCGGACGGAUGGCAGGUGCCACGGUUGUACGUGUACUGGAGUUUAUUUAAAACUUUUUUACUCAGAUGUAGAGUAUAUUCUAAAAUAAAUGCAAAUGUAUUAACUAAAAGCGACUUAAACUUUUUGGUAUGGUUUAUGUUCCUAUAAUUAAAUGGUAUUUUUAACAUCCGGAAUUAUUCCGUUGUUCUAACUUAUUCCCAGAGCUGCCUUACUAGACGCAGAAAUCUCUCUGUGCAAGAGAGGGGUUCUUGUGGCUUUUUUCUUUUUCUUUUCUUUUUUUUUUUUUUUCCCCCCUGUUUCUAAAGGGAGCAGUUAGCUAGCGAUGAUACCUCUGCAUAUCUAAAAUGGAUGAAUGACCGUAUUAACUGCACCGUGCAUGGCCUGAGUUUUGGCAAGGUGUUCCCAACCGGACAGUCCAGUUGCUGUGUGUGAAUGCUGGCGUGAAGGUCAGUGCCCUGUUAACAAAAUCCAAGAAGACGAGUCAUGGUUAACUUUGCAGGCAGCGAUUCACGGAGGUUGGAGCAAAGCCUAGGAAUGACUUGCUUUUUUCGGGAAGUAUCUUAAUGUACUGCGGGAAGCUCUUUUCUCCCCCUCCGAGUAGGUCUGGGAUACUUGCCUCCCCCGUCUCUUGCAUUACUUUCUUUCCUCUGUAAUCCUCCUUGGAUACCAGGAAUUAAUUGGGUUUAUGUUGUCCAAAUUGUAUUGAUUUAUUUCUCUCUGCAUUAUUUUAUUUUUUACUUGAAGUAAUGUGCCUCAGAAUUGGGUGCCUAUAUUGUGUUCUAAUAUUAAAAGUGUACUUACUGGUUACAAUACAAUGUGUGCAUAUCACAGAGGAUAACGAUUUAAUAAAUAUGUACGUCCUUCCAUAA